GACCACUCCCUCCGAACCGCCCCCAUCCUCAGCGGCGACGCCGCCUCGCUCCUCGGACCCGAUCUCGUUCCCCAGCGCGCCGUAUAUGGGCGUAUCCUCGAACAGGUUAUAGAUGGGGACGAACAGGCGGCGCCGGUGCAGCCGCAGGUGUAUAUUAAUAGUAAUGCGCCGUUCAGUGCGGUUGUGUGUGGCUUGCAGGGAUCUGGCAAGAGUCAUUCGACGUCCGUUCUUUUAGAGAGCUGUCUCAUACAGGACGAGCGCCUCGGAACAUUACCCGCCCCACUGAGCGCCGUACUGUUCCACUUCGACUCCGCGGCCGGCGGAGGACAAGUCCAGCCAUGCGAAGCUGCGUACCUCGCCUCGCUCGUUCCUAGUCGAGCAGUGUAUGAGCCGUUACCGAACGUUAAAGUCGAGCCGCUUCAUUUCGCGGCGAAGGAUAUUAGCGGAGAACGAUUGUUGGCUAUGAUGAAAGUGGAUGAGACGGCUCAAAUGCCACUCUACAUGGAGCUGAUCAUGACCAUCCUCCGCGACAUGGCCGACGAUUUCGAUUAUACCGCCUUCCGCGCAAUGCUAGCGCAGCAGAAAUUCGCAGGGACGCAGAAGGCGAUGUUGAACCUUCGUUUGGCCCUACUGGAUUCGUGUCUUAAGGGCGGGUCGGAUGAGAACAGCGUUUCGACGCAUUUUAGGUCGGGGGGGCUGACGAUUAUUGAUCUUUCUUCGCCGUUUAUGGACCCUUCGUCUGCGUGUGGCUUCUUCGAUAUUAUUCUUGGUCUGUUCCUCGAGGCGAAAGUCGAUACCGGAAAGCUGAUAGUCCUCGACGAAGCCCACAAAUACCUCUCCGACACCGGCGCCUCCGCCCGACUCACCGACUCCCUCCUCACUACGAUCAGGCAACAAAGGCACCUGAACACCCGCGUCCUGAUUUCCACACAAGAACCGACCGUCGUCCCGUCCAAGUUCCUCGAGCUCAGCUCAUUCAUCAUCGCACAUCGGUUCUCGUCGCCGCAGUGGUUAAGACAUCUGUCGGCGCAUGUCAGCGCGGCGCAGGAGAGGCAGGACGAGUUGUUUUCGAAGGUCGUAGGCCUCCAAACCGGUCAAGCAAUCGUCUUCGCCCCCUCCGGUCUCGGCGUCAAGAACAUCACUGCCUUCCCCGGCGCCUGGGAAUCCUAUUCCGCUGCUAGUGUGCAGGCUCGUGGAGUGGUCACGCCCUUCGGUCAAGGAUACCUGCUCGUUCGGUCGCGACAGCGAAUUACGCUAGAUGGCGGACAUUCGCUCCUCGCUGUU